AUGUUUAAUCACGAGCAAAAGUAUAUUAACUACACGUUGAUUGAUAUGUUUAAAGUGCUAGACUUGGAUCUGGAUGAACCCGUGUUUACCAUCUCGAUUUUGAAGGCACACAUGAUGCGGCUUGUGUUGGCGCUUAUAACUCCGUUUGUGUUUUUGGCCCAUCAAUGGAACAAAUUCUGGAGCAAUGUUGAAUUUUAUUUUAACGCUAUCCUCUGGAUGUCUAAUGACGACGUCAGCUGUUGUGCUAGACAGCCAACGAAAAGUGGUGUCUUUGCCUGGCUCAAUAACAUACUCGGUUAUUAUGUCAACUACAUUUGGGUCAUUCCACGCAACAUUCACAAGAUUUAUGCAGCGAAGAAAGACCCUAGAGGACUCAAAAACCUUCAAUACGUCAUGCCUCAACUCAAUGCAAGCUCGGUCGCUUGUGUCUUUGAGUAUCCCAUGGUUGACUUGAAAAAGCCAGCUGAUUCACCUAAGCCAUACCUUGACGCUGAUAAAAGAUAUGUUGAACCUUCAAAAGAAGAACUUGAAGAAGCAGAGCAGUUGCAUGUUAUGUACAAGGAAGAAUUUGAUAAAAGGCGGAAUGUCGAGACUGUCAAGUAUCUUCGCCAUGUGGGUAAGUUGGUGACGUGGAUGUGCUUGAACUCCUCCGUAACAGAAUUGGUAAUCUAUGAACGGACUGGUACCCUUGGAAAAUCAGUCGAUGAAAUCAAAGAAGCCGUACUUAUCGGCUUAUCCCAAAUGAUUUGCUUUUGCGACUCGUUCGAGAUGCAAGAUCUCAGCCGCUUGGUCCCCAAAAUUGUUGUCGAUAUCGACGGGGAACAGCAUGACGUUUCAGCCCAGUAUCCGAUGAUUGGAUUGGUCGAUGUUAAGCCUUCAAAAGAAUUUAUCGUCAAGUUUGUCGAUGAAAAUUCCGACCAUGACACCCUCAAACCAUCGGAGCUUAUCAUGAUAAUGAGCCCGGAAACCAAGUUAUUUGGCUACUCCAGCUGCGCCGAGUAUGGCGACCACGACGUCACCAUCAGUAAUUGUGUAGAUUUUUCCUUUGGUAGUGUGGUCAAAGCCAUUCUUCUCUUCCACAUGAACGGUGGCGGGAGGGGUCGCUUGUGA